CAUUAAAGUGAGUUUAGCUGAUGUAGAUUACAUUAGUUGUGUUGCGAUGUUUUCUGUGUAGCUCAGUUGUCGUCGGCCAUGUAUUGGAAUGAUGUUUGGUCUGUCAUCAUCAUUUUGGCAUGAAGGGAAAAUUUCUGGGUAAAUACCACCGACUGCAGAUCAGAUCUGACGAGAUGGCUGGACGAGUCAUGUUGAAAGUGAAAGUUUAGUAGUAGUGUAGUAUUUACAGGUUUGUGUGAGCAGAAGAGAUAGUCAAGAGUUGAAUGAACCGAGACGGUGAAGACAUACAGACACCAGAAUCACAACCAUGAAUGCUGUAAAUGCUGUGCAACUGUUCAUUCUGGUUUGGACCUUUACUGCUGUCUGUCAAGCUGAUGAUGAUAUCAGUGUAAGCUGUGAUGAUGUGACUGGAUCUGUGAAGAAAGAAGUCACUCUCACCUGCAGUGUCUCACUACAGAAAAAUAAAUGUUGCAUUAAAAACAAUAAGUUUCAAUAUAAAAACUCAACAAUGUGUCCACAAGUGCUUCCUGAGCACUCCUGUGAACAGAGGAAAAUCUUCACAUGCAGCUACACUCCACCUACAGCAAUGACAGAAAAAUUCACUUUCUUUGUGCAAGCAUCCUGUGGAUGGAAGAAACCGGAGUUCACUGUGAACACAACAGUUUACUUAAGACAUAUGAACCCAGAAAACCCAUCAAGAACAUCUCCACCAGAGACAGCAGCGGGUCUUGAAUUCGAGAAGGCUGUCACGCUUAUGAGUGGUUUCGCAAUCAUCCUCAUCAUCAUCAUAAUGACUAUCAUUUACAAAACCAAACCAAACUUCACCAAACAUUCUGGAUCCAAGAACAAGAUGUUUGUGGUUGUCAGACAUGAUGAGUACAACAGCAAUCAUCCAGAAGAUGUGAUAUAAUAGUAUUGACUCAGCAGUAUGAAACUAAGAGUUUUAUUUGUUUUUCCAUGUGGUGCUCACAAAAGACACAAGCUUUUUUUAUUUCACAAGCUGGCUGUAUGUUUUUAAACAAAUAAUGUUGUAUGUUUGAUCAGUGUAUCAGUAUAUACAGUAUAUAACUGAACAUUCAGAGGCAUUAAGAGGCACAAAAAGUGUCAACAUAGUAAAACCAAAACCAUUUUUUACUGACUCUCAAGGAAA